AUGGCGGAAGCCCCACAAGAACGACCAUUAAGGUCCUACGCUAUUCCUUCGCAAGAAGAACCGCACAAUAGCAUCGCUGCCCCCGCUAUUGAAGCAAAUAACUUUGAGCUUAAACCUUCAUUGUUGUCGGCCGUACAACAAAACCAAUUCUCCGGAAACCCCACGGACGACCCCAAUUUACAUUUGUCCAUAUUCUUGCAAUACGCGGAUACCGUGAAGGCAAAUGGUGUCAGUCCCGAAGCUAUAAGACUUCGCUUAUUCCCAUUCUCGUUAAGAGAUAAAGCUAGAGCCUGGCUCCAGUCCCUACCAUCCAACUCAGUCGCAACAUGGGAUGAGUUGAAGAAAGUCUUUUUAGCAAGAUAUUUCUCGCCUAGCAAAACUGCUAUGCUAAGAGCCCAAAUCAAUGGAUUUAGACAAAGAGACAACGAAUCUCUCUUCGAAGCAUGGGAAAGAUAUAAAGAAAUGAUUAGGAUAUGUCCUCAUCAUGGGCUCGAAAAUUGGCUAAUUAUCCACACCUUUUACAAUGGUCUCUUGUAUAAUACAAGAAUGACAAUAGACGCCGCAGCUGGUGGCGCACUUAUGGAUAAACCAUACAACCAAGCCUAUCAGCUUAUCGAGAGCAUGGCUCAGAACCAUUAUCAGUGGGGAAACGAGAGAACAUCCGUAGAGAAGCCUCAAACGAAAGGCGGUAUGUACGAAGUAAACGAGCUUGACCUUGUUAAAGCCAAACUUGAAGCUCUAACUCAAAAGAUGGAGAGUAUGACCACAACACCUGCAGCCACCGUGGCUGCAACAAUUUCAAAUUGCGAACUAUGUGGAAUUCAAGGGCACAAAAUCGCUGAAUGUCAACUCUUAACGGAAGUUCCCCCAGACCAAGUAAACUACACUCAAGGAAACCCUUACAAUCAAGGUCCGAGGAACCAUCCAUACCUUUCGUACAAAAGUAACAAUGCUCUAUAUGCACCUGGCCAAGCACCUACUCCUUCACCACCAGGAUUCCAAAAACUUGCUUUCAAUGCUCCUAGGAAGUCUAAUCUUGAACUAUUAGUAGAAAACUUCAUAGCUACCCAGACUCAAACCAACCUUCAAACUAGUGAGCAAAUUAAACAAAUAACAAGCAAGUUAGAUGUCUUGACCACUCACUCUAGGAUGCUAGAAACUCAAAUAGCACAAGUAGCACAAAAACAAGCAUCAACUGCUGCUCCCGCAGGCAUUUUUCCAGGCCAACCUGAGCCAAACCCAAGGGGACAUGUUAAUGCUAUUAUAUUAAGAAGUGGGAACCGAUACGAAGGACCAGCCGACCCUAGAACCAAUACUCCAACCAUACACCAAGACUCAGAUGAGGUAACCAAGGGAGAGAGUGAACAAAACAUAAAAGAUAAAGAAAAUAGUGGGGAGGAAAUCAUAGAAAAGAAGAAACCUUAUAUACCCCCACCACCAUAUCAACCACCCAUCCCGUAUCCUCAAAGAUUUGAGAAAUCCAAAAGCGAGGGACAGUUUAGGAAAUUUGUAGAACUUCUAAAAAAAUUGAACAUCACAAUACCUUUUACAGAAGCCAUUACCCAAAUGCCCUCAUACGCUAAGUUUCUCAAAGAAAUUUUAACUAAAAAGAAAAAGAUCGAGGAUGAGGAAAUCGUUAUGCUUACUGCCGAGUGUAGCGCCAUACUCCAAAAUGAUAUGCCUCCUAAGCUAAAAGACCCAGGAAGUUUUUCCAUACCCUGUGUAAUUGGAAAUUAUGUAAUAGAUAGGGCCCUAUGCGAUUUAGGAGCCAGUAUCAGCUUAAUGCCUAUGUCCAUAUGCGAAAAACUUAAUUUAGGAGAAUUGAGACCAACUAAAAUGUCAAUACAAUUCGCUGACCGUUCUGUCAAAUACCCCUUAGGUAUACUAGAAAACGUGCCAGUACGUGUAGGUCAAUUCUAUAUCCCUACCGAUUUUAUAGUCAUGGACAUAAGGGAAGAUUCCAAUACACCUAUCAUUUUAGGAAGGCCAUUCUUAGCAACUGCCGGAGCUGUAAUAGAUGUAAAGGAAGGAAAGCUAACGUUUGUAGUAGGUGAAGAAAAAGUCGAAUUUAUUUUAACGCAACUCAUGAAAGCACCAGCUAUAGACGAUAGUUGUUACAUGGUAGACGUCAUCCAAGAACAUUAG